AUGGCUCCCCGUGUCGCUAUCAUCUACUACUCCAUGUACGGCCACGUUGCCACGCUGGCCAAGCAGGAGGCCAAGGGCAUCGAGUCUGCCGGUGGCAAGGCCGACAUCUACCAGAUCAAGGAAACCCUCCCCGCAGAAGUGACCGCCAAGAUGCACGCCCCCGCGCAAGACACCUCCAUCCCCUUCGCCACCCCCGACGUGAUGAAGCAGUACGACGCCUUCCUCUUCGGCGUCCCCACCCGCUACGGCAACUACUCGGCGCAAUGGAAGACCUUCAUCGACCAGCUCGGCCAGCUCUGGAUGUCCGGCGCCCUGACCGGCAAGUACUUUGGCCUCUUCGUCAGCACCGCCAGCCAGGGCGGCGGCCAGGAAUCCACCGCCCUCGCCGCCCUCAGCUCCUGGGCCCACCAGGGCAUGAUCUACGUGCCCCUCGGCUACGCCCACGCCUUCGGCAUCCUGACCGACCUCAACGAGGCCCGCGGCGGCAGCGCCUGGGGCGCCGGCACCUUCGCGGCGGGAGACGGCUCGCGUCAGCCCUCGGCCAAGGAGCUCGAGCUCGCCGAGAUCCAGGGCGCCAAGUUCUGCGAGACCGUCGCAAAAGUCAACUUUGCGUGA